AUGGAUACAUUAAACCCUAGGGUUUUGGUCAACGCUGAGCUUCUACGGAUGUAUGUCGGACGGAGGGUUCGAGCAGUGGUUCAGGUUGUACAGUCCGAUGGUGGCUUCAUAGUUGGAAAAUCCACAGAUGACCAACAGUUAGUCAUAAAAGGUCCUCCGCCUUUCACUCUUUCGAAUUUUGUUGAAGUAAUUGGUAUUGCAGACGGUAACCAAUCCAUAAGGGCUGAAACCUGGAACAAUUUUGGUGAUACUUUUGAUACACAUACUUAUAACCAGGUUUGCCAGCUUGCAAAUGGGGAGUAUAAGGAGUUGUUUAUUUAA